AUCAACUACUGUCAUCCACCAUCAACUACUGUCAUCCACCAUCAUCUACUGUCAUCCACCAUCAACUACUCUCAUCCACCAUUAUCUACUGACAUCCACCAUCAUCUACUGUCAUCCACCAUCAUCUACUGCCAUCUAACAUCAACUCCUGUCGUCCACCAUUAUCUACUGUUAUCCCUUUUCAUCCACUGUCCUCCACUAUCAACUCCUGUUAUCCCCCUUCAUCAACUGUCCUCCACCAUCAUCUACUGCCAUCCACCAUUAUCUACUCCAUCAACUAUCAUCUACUGUUAUCCCCUUCAUCAACUGUCCUUUACCAUCAUCUACUGUUAUCCCCCUUCAUCAACUGUCCUCCACCAUCAUCUACUGUUAUCCCCCUUCAUCUACUGUCAUCCACCAUUAACUACUGUCCUCCCCCAUGAUUUACUGUCAUCCACCAUCAUUUACUGUCAUCAACCCUCAUCUACUGUUAUCCACCAUCAUCUACUGUCAUCCACCAUUAUCUACUGUCGUCAAAUGAUAGUCAUUAUUCAAUCCAGUGGCAAGUUCGUUGGUACAUUUGACCUAUUAUUGUCAUAUAAAUUGAAAUAUCAACUUCAAAAUAGUACUAUUAAAAUGACUUUGAAUUGA